CUUUUAUUUUUGGGUGCCUUUGUUGCUUUCUCAGAUUUUUCACUUGCCUAACGCGAAUGUCUGACGAUUCCAGCGUUCUCCGCAAGCGCCUCGCCUUUGCCAUCAUCGAGCACCUCGCGUCCGAGGUCGCGUCCAAGGCAUUCCCCGAAGAAGCAACCGAAAGCCUCGAAGUGGCCAUUCAAUGCCUCAGUCAAGUCUACGACGUCGACAAGGACGACCCUGCACAGCAGGCGGCCCUCACCAUCCGCCCCGCAAACCUCCAGCGCCUGUUCAAGAUGUUUGUGAGCACGGCCAGCGCAACAAAGCAGGCCGCUCCAGCUGGAGACGCCGCAAAGUCAUCCCCAGUCAGCCACCACAACGUCGAUGCCGGCGCCAAGCCGUCCGACGCAUCAACCGCAGAGCGUGCCGCGGAGGCCGAAAAGCUCAAGGCAGAGGGCAACGAGCGAUUGAACUCACUCGAUUACGACGGUGCUGUCAAAAAGUAUUCGCUCGCCAUCGACCUCAAUCCGACCAACGCAGUGUACUUUGCCAACCGCGCUGCCGCCUACACCAACCUCAAGCGUUUCAAGGAUGCUGUCGAGGACAGCCACACUGCCAUCUCUCUCGAUCCGACAUACAGCAAGGCGCACGCACGUUUGGGCCACGCAUACUUUGCACUUCGUCAGUACGACGCUUCGAUUUCGGCGUACAAGUCGGCACUGGAGAUUGAGCCCAACAACUCGUCGUACCUGACCAACCUGAAGGCCGCAGAGAAGGCUUCGCAAGAGGAAGGUGGUGUUGAGGCAGCAGCUCCUCGCGGCGGCAAUGCGCCCGCCGCCGCACCUGGCGGCUUUGAUAUUGGCUCCCUGUUGAGCAACCCCAACCUCAUGAACAUGGCCUCGCAAUUCAUGAGCUCCCCUGCCGCUGCCAACUUGAUGAGCAAUCCCAUGUUUGCCAAUCUGGCUUCAAGUUUUAUGGGAGGUGCUGGUGCUGGUGCAGGUGCAGGUGCUGGAGCCGGCGCUGCUUCCGCCAACCCGGACGACGAUGGCGAGGAUGACGGCGCAACUCCUGGCGCUGCUGGUGGUCAAAUGCCCGAUCUGAGUGCUCUGUUGAACAACCCAGCGCUUCGCAACAUGUUUGCUGGCGGCGCGCCCCAACAAUGAUUUCUUGUUCUUUGCGAAUUUUGAAUGCGAUUUGUUUUUGUGUGUUUCAACUCCGAAUACCCAACAUUGUUUCUUCAAGGUC